AAAACGGAGGCAAGGCGCAGGCGCGUGCAAAACUCCGAACUCCUCCAUCGCGUGCGCGCUUCUCUCUCUCUUGAGCGUCUCCUUGCCAUGGCCGCCUCGCGAGACCACCUCGGUGGCGACCCGCCGGAGUCGACGCAGCUGCGCCUCGGAGACGACAUCGCGUGGUCGGAGAUCAACGGCGUGUACGACCGCGACGACUCGCUCAAGGAGAACACCAACCCCAAGUGCGUCCUCAAGAGCCAGCACCCCGGCGCCGCCGGGUCCUCGCAGAGGUUCUCGGGCAACCUGAAGCCCACGGCGGCGCCCAUCAUCGGGCUUUCCGGGAAGCUCGGCGCGUGCGCGCGGGGGCACCGCCACCGCCCGCCCGCCAUGUUUCCUGGGAAGGCCAGGCCCGGCGGCGGGCGCGCGUCCAAGGCGGCCGUCCCGGACCCCGGGUCGCCCAAGGUGUCCUGCAUCGGGAAGGUCCUCUCGGACCACGAGCGAGCGCGCGCGCGCCUCGGCGUCGGCCGCGGCUCCGGGGCGCCUGGGUGCUGCGGCUUCUUCAUGCAGCGCAGCCGGAGCCGGUCCAGGCACAGCGCCGUCGAGUGCGUCGACCAGUCCCCGCCGCCGCCCGAGGAGGCUGCAGCGGCGAGGUCCGCGGAGGAGGCGACGGCGCCACCGCCGGGGCUGGGAGGUGUGCGGCGGUUUGCGUCGGGGAGGCGAGCGGCGGAGUGGGCGGCCAAGGUGGAGGACGACGGGCGCGUGGCGAGAUCUGGGCCGUUGUAGCACCAUGCAGGCAGAGGCAGCGGUGGUUGAGGUGUGGCUUUCGGUUUGGUUGCGCCCGUGCUUUAGUUGUAGUUGAGCACUCGAGCUGUGUACAUACGUGCUUCUGUUCAAAUCCGUAGAAAUUUAAUGCUUGGGUUCACAAAUUUUGC